CAGAACCAACUACACACAGGAGGAAGACGUAAAAAACAUUUUAUUCAACACCAGAACGAAUUUGCAAUGCGCUGCCUUUUUAUUUUCAUUCUUUACCUUUCAAAUGUUGGCAGUCGGGCAUUGAUGGAGUUGAGUGUUAAAACUGGAGGAUCUGUCACCAUCCCAUGUCGUUAUGAUAGGAAAUACAUACAACAUAAGAAAUACUGGUGCUCUGGUACAACAUUCAGUUACUGCAAUAUUGAGGCGUUUACAAAUGAAACACGGGGGGAAGUGACAGUGAUUGAUCACCCAGCUGAGAAUCUCUUUACUGUGACUAUGAAUAAUCUCCAGACAGAAAACACUGGAUGGUACUGGUGUGCUGUAGAGAUAGCUAGAGGGUCAGAUGUUAAAGAAGAUCUCUACAUCACAGUGAAAUCAGAUCCUGAUCUGUCUGUGAUGGAGAGCAGAGUGAGUGCUGAGGAAGGAGGCAGCGUCACAGUCCAGUGUCUCUACAGCGCUGCAUAUCAGAAGAAACAGAAGCAGUGGUGCAGAUUCAAAGACAGGAGCUGCUACGAAGUAGGGACGACUCCCACAUCCCCGAAUUCAGCAGUGCAGAUCAGGGAUGAUGGGAAACGAUCCUUCAGUGUGCAGAUGAGUGGACUGAAGAAGAGUGACACUGGCUGGUACUGGUGCAGCGCAGGAGAUCUACAGGUUCCUGUUCACAUUGCAGUUAAGAAUUCAACAGUUUCUCCAAAUGUGACCAAAAAUACAAAUCAACAGAACGGCACUUCACUGAAUGAAAGGUCUCUCUGGAUUCUAUCGGCUGUAGGACUGGUGCUGCUCAUCAUUCUGAUCAGCGUCGUCGCUUACAUGUUGAAUAAGAUGCGCAGGAAGGAAAAUCAAAACAGGACUCAAGAGAAGAGCAAUGACGCCGCUGUUCACACACCACCAUCAGCACUGGAUUUUGACGUGACCUACACCACUGUGGUCAGUGCAGAAAAAAAUCAAACUCAUUCUUUUACAGUCAAAGAUGAUGACGUGACCUACAGCAAUAUGGGUUCUCUAACAGUCAAGGACAAUGACGCGACCUAUGGCAAUGUGCGUUCUCCAAGAAUCAGAGACGAUGCAGUGGUCUACAGCAUGGUGAUUCAAGAGUAAGAGUUUAUCUUGAGCAGGAUCAGGGUGGAUCCAGAGCCAAUCCUGGGAACACUGGAUGCAGGGCAGAGAUACACCCUGGAUGGAAUACAUGGAAGUCCACGCACUCAAACUGAUUCACACCAAAGGGGCACUUUAAAGAAACCAAUCUACCUACAAGCAUGUUUUUUUUUUUUUGCGUAGGAGAAAUUAGAAGAACUUGCAAAACUAUAAGUCUGUGAAGGUUCUCAGUCAUCCAGGUCAUAAUAAAUUGUAAUAAAUUGUGGUCCGGCGUUAUAGAGAGAAGAUUGCUGCGCUAAAGAAUGAAUUCCACAGCCGCUUUCGUGAAUUCCACCAACUUGAAAGCCGGUUCUCAGUGUUUACCUCUCCGUUCACCGUGAGCGCUGCCGAGGUGCCAUUUACAUAUCUCCAGCUGGAGCUUACUGAUUUGCAGUGCAACACCGUAUUACAGCAACAUUUUAAUACAGUGGACCUCGAAAUGUUUUACCAGGGCCUUGGGUCCUGUUAUCCCAGCCUGACUGCUUUUGCAGCCAAACUCCUCUGUACAGUACAGUGGUGCUUGAAAGUUUGUGAACCCUUUAGAA